UUGCGAAUUAAGCUUGAAGUUUUUUUUUUAAUUAUAUUUAUGGAAAAAAAAAUUUUGUUGAUUGGACAGUUUAUUUUUAACAGAGAAAUUGUUGUUUGUGGUCAAUUUAUUUUUUAUGGUUAUUUAUUAUGGAUGACAGUAAUAAGGAAGUCCAGGAAAUUGUACAGAUUAGUGAAGUCAAGUUAAAUAAUGACCAAGUUCGCACAACCAAAUUCGCAGACAGAACCAAAUGAGUGCUCAUAUUAUCCUUACCAGUUUUCGAAUAAUUUGGUAUCUGAUAGUAUCAGUCAAUGUGAUAACCUGUUAAUUAAAAAAAGAAGAUCUUCUUUUUUAAAAAUUACAAAUGCAUUCAGAGAUUUGCAGCAUCGGUUGACAACAAUAUCAAAACGACACGAUCGAGAUUUAAAAAAAUCUUCUUCUCUUCCUUCAAUUGUUUCAGAAUCAAGCGAAAUAUCUACAGACAAAAAUGAGUUCUAUCGAAAGAGGAGUCUUCCUGUACCCGAAAAAACUUCGGAAACCAAACAUGAAAGUCUUUUUAGGCGAACAAGCACUUACAGAUUAACUUUAAGAAAUGACGAUAAGCACGAUGCAUUGAGUAAACGUCAAGAAUUCCAAAAAAGACGCCUUCAAGGUCGCAGCAAAUCUGUGCAACUGUCCAGCUUAAGAGACAGCAGCUAUCAUUCAAAACACAAAACAUUUAUUCAUUCUAACUCUGUGAAUGAGGCCAACGAUAAUGUAAUGACAAAUUUCCAUCGAGUUUCCUCUUUUACAGCAUCAAGUUAUACAACUAAAAUUGUUGCGCAAAGAAGUCUGUCUGCAAGUUUACCAAGGAAAAUAAUAACUCGAGAAUUAACUCCUCUUAUGAAUAAACGCGAUUUUCAAAUAGGUGAAGUCACCCCAAAACUGAGAAAGCGUAGCAAUUCUGCAAUAUUUACAUUUUCUCGAGUCGAAGAAAAUACGUUUCCAUUUUGGGCUCAAAAUACUUUAAGCGAAGAUAUUUUAUUUAUACAAUCAAACUUAAAAGAUAACUUAUCUCUUUCUAAAGAAACUCACAUUUGUUCAACAAAUUUAUAAAUUUAAGAGAAUAAUUUCCUUUUCAAUUUUAA